AUGUCCACAGUUGGUGACAUUCUCUCACUUGUACAGCAAAAUACAAUUCGUUAUGGAUAUCCGUUUUUACUCGUCCUAGGCAAUAUCGGCAACGUGUUGUGCAUAGUUGUGUUUCUGCAAAAAAACUAUCGACAAUCGUUUAGCUCAUGGUAUUUGCUUACUGCCGCCGUAUUUAGUAUUGUGGGUGUUAGCUGGGGAAUCGGCACCAAUAUGUAUGCUGUCUACCAGCCACCGGAUCCGUUCAUUAUGUCAGAUGCUCUCUGUCGCAUUCGAGGAUACCUCCUUCAAACUUCGUCGGUUCUCACUCGAACAAUGAUUAUCUUAGCAUGUGCAGGUCGCGUGGCAGCAAGUUCCAAUCAAGUGCGUAUCCGUCAACUCAAUCAACCAAGAGUCAUAGUAAAAAUAAUUGCUGCUACAACUCUUUUUUGGAUGAUUAUUUCGAUUCAACUGCCUAUUUUUCAGCGCAUUGAGAUGAAUCGAUGUGCUACAUUCGGAGUGUUUGGGCUUUGGUUUAGUGCAUAUCAGAUCUUUCUGUUUGGACUCGUUUUCCCUAGUCUGAUGAUCAUUCUCAGCAUUCUCAUCUUGAAGAAUCUGAAAAAUAUUCGUGGUUCUGUUCGACCUCAGGAACAAGCCGACAACACGCAACGUCAUCAGCUGUUAAGCCGGCGUGAUAUGAAUCUACUAAAACUUACAUUUGCUGAAGUUAUAUCGUGCUUUGUUCUUAGCUUUUUAUAUCCAAUCAAUGCCUUAUAUGGUGUAAUUGCAAGCAAUGUGCCAAACAAGAGUAAAGAACGUAUUCAGAUUGAAGGAUUCAUGACUUUCUUCGCACAAGUUUUCUUGCUGUAUUUGAAUUACUGCAUUACAUUCUAUUUAUACGUGAUCAUAUCCAAGCCGUUUCGUCAAGAGAUCAAACGAGUUAUCUUCAGAGUUUUAAAGCGUCCAGAACGUAACGACAAUACCACAAUACCUCUAAGAUCUAUUCAAAAACAAAGAACGGACCUAACACAACCCUGA